UUAUAAGAUAGAAAUUGGCUGAAGGCAUGGUUAGGUUGAUGCAUUUAAAUUUAAUUUAAUAGAAAGUGUGAUAGGGCCAUGAAUUGCUCUGUGUUUCACGUUAUUUGUUGUUUUAUGUGAGACGAACUUCUAAGAAAUGUUGGAGUACCCUGCUGGUGUUUUUGUUUAAAACUUGGAAAUGGUUUCACAUAGGAGAAGAGUGGUGGGAGUAUCUUCUUUCCCAGCCAGAACUUGAGGCACUUCAUAGUAUCAACAUUCAACUAAGUGGGAAGAGAGAUGGAUAAGAUUCUGGAGGCCGAUGCAAAUAAUAUGUCUCAGCAUUCCUCGUCUUCAGUUGUUGCUCUAGCAAUCAAGGGUAACAAGAAAAGCAAAUAUGUGGUACAAUGGGCACUUAAUAAGUUUGUUCCUGAGGGAAUGAUUAUCUUCAAGCUGAUUCAUGUCCAUGGUGGUAUAAAAGGAGUUCCAACGCCAUUGGGAAAUGUGAUCCCUCUUUCACAAGUGCGUAAUGAUGUAGCAACUGCAUUCAAAAAGGAAGUGGAGUGGCAAACAAAUCAAAUGCUUCUACCUUUCAAGAGAAUGUGUGAGCAAAGAAAGGUGCAUGUGGAUGUUAUAGUGAUUGAAUCAGAUGAUGUGGCAACUGCAAUAGCAGAUGAAGUUGCUAAGGGUGCUAUAACCAAACUUGUUGUUGGAGCUUCAUCUCGUGGCUUAUUUAAAAGUAAACAGAAGGGUAUGUCUACAAGAAUAUCAGUAUCCACUCCAAGAUUUUGUACAAUUUAUGCUAUUUCUAAGGGAAAAUUGUCCAUUCGGCCAUCAGACAUGCCUAUUGAUGGAAAUAUUAUAGAUGACGCUAGUGAAAGUGAAACCAGUUUGUCCACCAGCAGCUCAUCUAACUACACUUCCACCUCUCAGACAGAAUCUGCCUCAGUUUCAUCAUAUGCUGCUUUACAGUCCUCUUCCCUAACAACACAACGAUUUCAAGCUCUUUCAAGUAUAAAUAGUGCCCUUCUUAGCACAAAUCCAAGUUUUGCUGACACUAACCAUUCUAGAGGCCAAUCUCUAGAUCUUGGGAGAGAAAAUACUGCUUCAAGUUCUGCUAGAAACUCAGACAUUGAUCAUGCCUUAAGUCGAGUCUCUAGUUGCAAAAGCUUCAUUUCAGAUACUGAAUCUUGGAUGUAUGAUCAAAAUUCUAGCAAGGAUGUGCAACUAGCAACUACACUUCCAUCACCUAAUAGGCAGGCAAAAUAUAACCUUGAGCUGGAAAAGUUGAGAAUUGAACUAAGACAUGCCCAAGGACUGCAUGCAGUAGCUCAAACUGAGAAAAUUGAAGCAUCCAGAAAGCUAAAUGACCUAAGCAAGAGACGAUCAGAAGAAACCAUGAGAAUGAAAGAGAUCAUUUCUAAGGAGGAGAAGGCAAAAGAAUUAGCAAAACUAGAAAGAGAGAAAUAUCAAGAUGCAUCACGAGAAGCUGAAUAUUUGAAAGAAUGUGCUGAAAGAGAAGCGGCAGAAAAGAAAGAAAUGGAGUUGAGAGCCAUUCGUGCUGCAAAAGAGAAAGAAAAGCUGGAGGAUGCUCUCAGUGGUUCCACGCCCCAGUACCGGAAGUUUACAUGGGAUGAAAUAAUCUUAGCUACUUCAUCUUUCUCCGAAGAUCUGAAAAUUGGAAUGGGAGCGUACGGAGUAGUAUACAAGUGCAAUUUGUAUCACACAACUGUUGCUGUGAAAGUUCUCACUCUCAACACUAACGUAAACAGCAAAAGAAAGCAAUUCCAGCAGGAGUUAGAGAUUUUGAGCAGAAUUCGUCAUCCAAACUUGCUUCUUCUUCUUGGUGCAUGUCCGGAUCAUGGAUGCCUUGUGUAUGAAUAUAUGGAGAAUGGUAACUUGGAGGACAGACUACUACGAAAAAACAACACUUCCCCAAUCCCAUGGUUUGAGAGGUUUCGAAUAGCUUUGGAAGUUGCAUCAUCUCUCGCCUUUCUUCAUAGCUCAAAGCCAGAACCUAUCAUUCAUCGUGACUUGAAACCGGCAAACAUCUUGCUUGAUCGUAACCUUGUCAGCAAGAUUGGUGACAUCGGCCUUUCUACAGUACUUAAUUCAGAUAAUUUGUCUAUCAUGUCCAAAGACACUGCACCUGUUGGGACACUCUGCUACAUAGAUCCUGAGUAUCAAAGGACCGGGUUGAUAUCUCCAAAAUCUGACAUUUAUGCUUUUGGAAUGGUGAUCUUACAGUUAUUGACAGCAAAACCAGCAAUAGCACUUGCUCAUAAGGUUGAAACAGCUAUUGAUAGCGGGAAUUUAACAGACAUACUGGAUCCAGAGGCUGGAGCUUGGCCAUAUCAAGAGACACUAGACUUGGCUUUGCUAGGAUUGAGCUGUGCAGAACUUCGGCGAAGAGACCGGCCUGAUUUACAAGAUCAUGUCCUUCCAACACUAGAGAGAUUGAAAGAAGUUGUUGAUAGGGCCCAAUGCUCAGCUUCAAUUGUUACUAUUAAAUCCAAACCUCCUAAUCACUUUAUCUGUCCAAUACUUCAGGAUGUGAUGGAUGACCCUUGUGUUGCUGCUGAUGGAUAUACAUAUGAUCGCAAAGCAAUUGAAAAGUGGCUUGAAGAGAACGACAAAUCACCAAUGACGAACAUGGCUUUACCUCAUAAGCAUUUAAUUCCUAAUUACACACUGCUCUCAGCAAUUUUGGAGUGGAAGUCCAGAGAAUCGUGAUAUCAGCAUUAUCUUUCUCCAUGUUAAUAUUGAGACCAAUGAUUUCUCUGAUGUAGAGAGUGGCUAGAAAGUUUGGUGGGUAUGACUUUUAGCAGUGUCUUGGAUGCAGAUUUUUUUUGUAGUUGUACCAUUCCAAGCAUGCUGUCUGGUUAAUUUAGGUAGAGCGAUUUCAAGUGUAGAUAAAUUUGAUUCUAUUGUCUGAUUCUGUGUAUACAUACAUAUGUCAAAUCUUGUUCUUACUAUAAAUAAAAUAAGAACCAUGUAUACAUUCAAGGCAAGCUAAUGUAUAAACAUUCAUGUGUACUCUUUUAUUUAUGAAUGAUAUAUCCUCCUGAAUACA